AUAAAAAAAAGUGAAGUGCAUAUGUAUAUAUAUAUGCAAAUGAAAAAACUGUUUUAUGGAAUUAAAUGAAAAUAAUUAUUCAAUGCCGCCAAAAAUGGAUGAUGCAAAUGUGACUCUAAAUAGUGGUCAAAUGACGGUGUUCCAAACAACGAAUGUGAACGAGUUCAACCCUAAUGUGGAAUCUUGGGAAGUGUGGAAAGAGCGCCUUGAAAUCCAUUUCUGUGAAAUUGGUUGCACAGAGGACAACAUAAAAAAAUCGAUUUUGUUGAAGUCGAUUGGUGCAGUGCCGUAUAAAGUGCUACAUAGUUUAUGCAGCCCUGAUUCCCCUGUUCGUAAGACGUAUGAUGAGCUGUGUGUGAUAUUGGACACACAAUAUACUCCACCAACGAUCGUUUUUAGUGAGCGGAAGAAGUUUUAUGUGGCAGUUAAGAAUGAUGGCGAGUCUGUUGCUGAGUGGUAUGCUCGUGUGAAGACCCUAGCACUUAAUUGCAAAUUUGGAGCCCAUUUAGAUGCAUUCAUCUUAAACCAAUUUGUAAUGGGUUUGCCAAAUUUUAUGUUCGAGAGGCUAUGUGAGGAAGAUGAAACUCUAACGGUGCAAAGUGCGUUGAGAAAAGCUAUGAUAUUGGAAACAAAAAACAUGGCGAAAGUAGCAGAAAGGGAUCAAAGUUCAGUAAACUUUGUUAACAGAUCGAAGCCUUCGAGAAAAAAUGGCGGUGGUGGUAACAGCGGCAAUAGUUAUGGCGGUAACAUAAGUGGUGGUGGCAGCAGCGGUGGUAGCGGUAGCAGAGGCAGUGGCAGCAGAGGAAAUUUUGGUGGCAGCAGAGACAAUAACGGCGACGGUGAAAGAAAAUCAUCGUGCUCUCAUUGUGGUUGGCGUAACCAUAGCUCGCAGUCUUGUAAAUACAAGAACAGCAAGUGUCAUUCCUGUGGAAAAAUUGGCCAUUUGGCAUCUGUUUGCUACAAUAAAAAGAGAAGUGUUAAUUACGUUUCUAAUGACACUAGUGAAGAUUAUGUUGAUAAUGAUGUUUUCAAUUAUUCUAUUUUUAGUGUGGCUGAGCGAGGUUCUAGUGACGUGUAUUCCCUUCCAGUAAUAAUUGAUGGUGUCAAAUUGAAUGCUGUGUGUGAUACAGGUGCGCCAUGUACAUUGUUGCCUUUGUCGUUUUAUGAAAACAACGAUGUUAAGAAGGUUCUUCGUUCAUGCCAUGUACCAUAUGUGGAUUAUAGCGGAGACAAAUUGAAGCUGGUUGGUGAAUAUGAUGCCUCAAUUACUUUUGAAGGUAAAACUAAAUCUGUAGUUGUUGUUGUUGUUGAGUCAUCGAAUCCCCCAUUACUUGGACGUUCGUUUUUACGUGCUUUCAACUUUGAAUUGCUGCAAGUGAACAAUGUAAAUUGCCCAAAUUUAAAUUCCGUGAUCGAGCAGUUGAGAAUGGAGUUUUCUGAGGUUUUUGAGGAAAAAUUGGGUGAAUAUAAUAUCAAUGCUGUUUCACUGAGGGUUGCUGAAAAUGCAACACCUGUAUUUUGUAAACCAAGGCCUGUCCCUUUGGCUUGGAAAGACAAGAUUGAGGCGAAAUUACGUGAUUUAAUUGCGACUGGUGUGUUGGAACCAGUAGAUAACUCCGAUUGGGGUACACCUUUAGUACCAAUUUUGAAACCAAAUGGCGAUUUUCGCAUUUGUGGAGACUAUAAAGUCACAAUUUAUAAGUUUUUGGAGGAUUUCAAGUAUCCUUUGCCUCGGAUUGAAGAAAUUUUUGCUUCUUUGGAGGGUGGUGAACUUUUCACUAAACUUGAUUUGUCGAAUGCCUACAAUCAACUUGUUCUUGAUGAGGAUUCCCAACUGUUGUGUGCGUGGAGUACGCACAUUGGAACUUUAAAAGUAAAACGUUUACCUUUUGGUGUUAAGACAGCAGCAGCUAUUUUUCAAAAAACUAUGGAAAAUCUAUUUAGAGGAAUUCCAUAUGUUGUAGUAUAUCAAGAUGAUAUUACAGUCACUGGUAAAAAUAUGCAGGAACACAUAAGUACGUUGCGUUUGGUUCUACAAAAAUUACAAAGUUCUGGAUUAAAACUGAAUUUAAAGAAGUCUGAAUUUUUCAAAUCCAAAAUAUCGUAUUUGGGUUUUAAUAUUGAUAAAAAUGGACUUAGCAAAAAUAAUGAUCGAAUUUCGAGCUUAAUUUCUGCCCCGAUUCCUACAAAUGUUUCGGAAUUAAGAGCUUUCGUUGGUAUGGCGAACUAUUAUUCCAGAUUUAUUGAGAAUUUUGCGCAAAUCAUGUCUCAUUUUUACCACUUGUUGGGUAAGGGCGUUCCGUUUGUCUGGUCGGAUGAUUGUCAGCAGGCGUAUGAUUUGAUUAAAAAGUUUGUAACUCCAGAUCGGGUUCUGGUCCAUUUCAACCCUGAAUUACCAAUAAUAUUAACAACGGAUGCUUCGAAUAGUGCAGUAGCAGGAAUUUUAUCUCACCAAUUUUCGGAUGGUCUCAAGCCCAUUGCUUUUGUUUCAAGAGCAUUAUCAAAAAGUGAGAAAAAUUAUAGUACACUUGAAAAAGAGGCGUUGGCGAUUGUGUUUUGUGUAACAAAACUCAAACAGUAUUUACUUGGAAAUACUUUUGUACUAAGAACGGACCAUCGUCCGUUACUUGCAAUUUUUGGUGCAAAUAAAGGUUUGCCUAUGAUGGCCUCAGCACGUAUGCAGCGCUGGGCACUGAUUUUAUCCGGUUUUAAUUACACCGUUGAACAUGUUAAGGGAGUGCAAAAUGAAGCUGAUGCUAUUUCUAGAAUGCCCCAAAGAAAUUUUGAGAGCAAUAAUAUUGAAUAUUCCUAUAUAAAUUUCAUAGAAAAUGAGGAAAAUUUCAACUUGAAUUUCAAGACUGUAUCUCGUGAAACGAGACGUGACACUGUUUUGUCAAAAGUAGUAGAAUGUAUUGCAAGUGGAACCCUGCACAAUUUAAAAGAAGAUUUGUAUACGCCAUAUCGUGAAAAAGAUACACAACUUUCUGUCGAAAAUGAUUGCGUUCUGUGGGGAUACAGAAUCGUAAUUCCAGAGAAACUGAGAUCUGCAAUCUUAACAGAAUUACAUCGUUCCCAUUUGGGAAUUGUAAAAACAAAGGCUUUGGCUAGAUCGUAUAUAUGGUGGCCUGGUCUUGAUAAAGAUAUCGAAGAUUUAAUCAGGAAUUGUAUUCAUUGUCAAAAAUUGCAAUCCAGCCCGGAAAAGAGCAGCCUAAUUCCAUGGGUGCCUGAUGGUUCUGUGUGGAGCAGAAUACACAUUGAUUAUGCUGACCCGAUUAAAAAUUUUCAUUUCUUCAUUAUCAUCGAUGCUUUUUCAAAAUUCGUCGAAGUAUUUAAAACCAAAGAUUUAACAACUGCUUUUACAAUUAGAAAGCUGAAAGAACUGUUCUCACGCUAUGGUUUGGUUGACACGCUCGUUAGUGACAACGGACCACAGUUCACAUCAUAUGAAUUCAAGAAUUUCUUGGCCUUAAAUGGUAUAAAACAUGUCUUGACUCCUCCGGGACAUCCGUCCACAAAUGGUCAAGCAGAAAAUUUUGUCAAAACUUUUAAAAAGUCUAUUUUAGCAAAUUUAGACCAAAACAAAGAUGCCAAUUUGGAUCAAAUAUUAUGUCGUUUCCUAAUGGAUUACAGAAACAUGAAACAUUGCACAACAACUGAAUCUCCAGCUAUGCUGUUCUUUGGCAGGAAACUGAAAACCAGAUUUAGUCUUCUAAAACCCCCAACAACAAAACAAAACAUACUUAAGUCUCAAGACAACAACAUAGUUCAUCACAACGGUAAUCGCAAAGAGUUUUUUUUUGAAGGUGAAACUGUGUUAGUACGCGAUUAUCGAAAUCCAAAUAAACCUAGUUGGACUAAGGCAGUAAUUCAACGGCAACUAGGUCCACAAUCUUACUCCUGUGUUUUGUCUCACAACAACAACGUCAUCAAACGUCAUCUUGAUCAAAUUCGUGGUCAUAAUCUAACACAACAACAACAGCCAAUCGAGCAACCAACAACAACUAAUAACAACAACACAUCAUCAUCUGAACCUGUUCCUAUGCAAAUGAAUGAGGAUGUUUCACUCACUAGAAUGGAGCUCAGACCACGAGAGGGAGGUAGAGUUGUAAAGAAAUAACUCAAUUACAAUUUUCUAUGUAUUUUCAAUAUAAAAUCAUUUAUUUAUUAUCAGCUUUAGGAGGAGCAUAUAGAGUAUUAAUUGUUAAGUACCACUCUAAUACACAAUUAUACAUUGUACAUAAAUCUUAACAUUCUAACAUCUUAACACUCUCUCUCAUAUCUGUUGUCAUAAGUUGAUGUAUCUCAUAGACACAUACACACAUACACCUGUUUAUACAUAUAUUUAGUACUAAGCUCUCAUUAGUAGUUCUUGCAGCUUUGAUUUGCAAU